GUAGGUGUACUUUACUUUUUCUUUAACCACGAAUAGUAUACUAUAGUUUCGAUGUCAGUUGAUUUUACUUCAAAGGCAGUUGAGCUUUUUAAUCGCGCAACAGGGCACGAUAAUGGAGGGGAAUAUCAAGAGGCCUAUCGCUGGUACAUGGAGUGCAUCGAUGUGUUCAUGACCGCAAUGAAAUAUGAGGGCAAGAAUCCAACAAAGCGUGAAUUGCUUAGAAAAAAGGUAAGUGAAAUAAUAAAGCGUGCGGAACAGAUCAAAGAAUAUUUAGACAAUUCUAAGGAGAAUGGCAGUGGCGGAAAAACAUCUGGUGUCUUACAGAAAGCAGGCACAUCUGAGAAAAAGUCUAAGGAAGACGAUGAAGACGGCAAGCGGAUGCGCAAUGGUCUAGAUAAUGCAAUUUUACGAACAAAGCCGGAUGUUAAAUGGUGUGAUGUGGCAGGUUUAGACGCUGCUAAGGAGGCUCUAAAGGAGUCUGUCAUUUUACCCGUUCGUUUCCCACAGCUAUUCACAGGAAACCGCAAGCCAUGGCGUGGAAUUCUUCUGUACGGUCCACCUGGGACAGGUAAGUCAUACUUGGCAAAGGCGGUAGCGACCGAGUCAGAAGGAACUUUUUUGAGUGUUUCAAGCUCUAACUUACUGUCGCGUUGGAUGGGUGACUCUGAAAAGCUGGUUCGGACAUUGUUUGAGAUGGCCCGAGAGGAGUAUCGUAAGGAAGGGAAGCCAGCUAUUAUUUUUGUAGAUGAGAUCGACGCACUCGUGUCAUCCCGUUCGGAUAACGAAAAUGAUGCUUCUCGUCGUGUCAAGACGGAGUUUUUGGUCCAAAUGCAGGGUGUGGGUAAUGACAGUCAGGGUAUCUUGGUACUUGCAGCAACCAACAUUCCGUGGUCCCUCGAUGUGGCUAUUCGGCGACGCUUUGAACGACGUAUCUAUAUUCCGCUGCCAGAUAUGCAAGCAAGGCGACGUAUGUUUCAGAUUCACAUGGGUAACACACCCCAUACUUUGACUGAAAAGGAUUGGCUAGAUCUGGCCCAGCGUACAGAAAUGUACUCAGGGAGUGAUAUUGAACAAGUCGUUCGGGAUGCUCUUUUUGAGUGCAUCCGAACAAUACAAGUGGCAACACAUUUCAAGCGUGUUUCGGGACCAAGUCCAAAGGACUCGACACAGAUGGUAAAAAAUCUACUUGCACCAUGUUCCCCAGGCGAUCCAAAGGCGUUUCCAAUGGUUAUAGAUCAGAUCUCAGACCCGGAGCUGCUAGUACCACUUCCUGUGACAAAGAUGGAUUUCCUGAAGGCAUUACGCACUACCAGGCCGAGUGUCUCAGAGACGGAUAUAGAGCAACACACUAAAUUCACAGCUGAAUUCGGUCAAGAGGGCUGA